AUGCGACUCUUUCUUGACGAGAAGAUAGCUUCCGGUGGAAAUGGUGAGGUGUACCGUGCUCACACAAUUGACCUCGACGCACCGACAAGAGUAUUCGCCGUCAAGAAAUUGCAUACGACCAAGCAUGUGAGGAACCCUAUGUUGCUGCACAGGGCGUGCGCCAUGAUCCAUCUUCGAGGGCACCCCAGCAUACCCAAGGUGUACGCCCUAGGUCAGACGCAGUACUACGAAUAUCUCGCCCUCGAAGAGCUGGGUCCGGACAUCUAUACACCUUUGGAGAGCCCGGAAGGGCUUACUAUGCGAAACCUCGUCGCUUUGACAUGCCAGAUGAUUGAUGCCUUGCAGCAUGUUCACUCUCACCACCUUGUUCACUGCGACGUAAAGCCUGCCAAUUUCCUGUUUGAACGCCACCAGACUGGUGGAAUCAAGCUCAUUGAUUGGGGUUUGGCUAAGUUAUAUCGUGAUCCUGCGACCCUUGUGCACAGACCUGAAGGCUCUAUUUCAUCUCUACUUGGGACAAGGUCGUUCGCAAGCAUCAACGUGCAUUAUCACAAAUGUCCUUCUCGCCGGGAUGACAUGGAAUCCCUCGCAUACACCAUCCUGCUCCUUCUUUGCGGCGGACUUCCAUGGGUUGUGAACGGCAUAAAACGCGUGGGCGUCCUGCGCGAGAAGCUCAAGUGGUCCGGAGGCGCUCUCAGCAUUGGAAACCCAGCCGUUUUCGGCGACUUUCUCGACUACACCCGCACACUCGCGUUUGACGAGGAGCCCGAUUACGCUGGCUGGAGGCGGCGAUUCGAAGCGAUGGCUCCAGACCUUCCCGAGCCACCGCUUUAUUCCUACUCUGACACAAGCUCCCGGGUGGGCGAAUCAUAUCGGCGCCCAGAGGAGCAGACUGAGCCUGCAAACUUUCAACGCCCACCGAAGAGCGUUGUGAGAGAGGUGUUGGGCAGCGAUGAUGAUUGGGUAGCGACGAGCAGUUGGCCCCAACCUUUGGAUGUUCCAGAUGAGGAUCUUCUGGGCAACGAACGAGAAACGGUCUACCAGGACCUCGAGAGGAUUGAAGAUGUUCCUGGGAUGGCGCGGCCCUGGGUGCGGCCUGUUGUGGGCACUCCUGCGGAGCACAUCGUUCCGUAUUAAUACGAGGCGGACCCGCGGACAUGCGGUCGGUAGAGUUUUCAUAGUCGCUUUGGAGCAUUAAAGCAGCCCUGGGCUCAGAGUCGUACUAUAUUGAUGCACUGUCAGGCAUUGAAGAACGUACCUUAUCAGUAAUGCCGCUGCAGCUGCCUGCACAGCAAAGUCGAAC